GGAUUACAUGUAACAGGAUGACGUAAUCAUACAAAAAGAGUAAAGAUGGUUCACAGAAUGCUCCAGAAUCCUUGAAGAUAAACCCUUGAAUGAAACCGGAUCUGCUUUUAUUACUGUACCCACCUGGUGCCAUGGCUGCUCUAAAAGCUGAAGUACUUCUUCUCAGGUUUACAAUCCUCUUUCUUUGCUUGAGUGUGUGCUUGUGUCAGCGAGACUGCACCGGUGUGGACUGUCCUCAGCUGGACAACUGUAUCGAAGAAGUGCUGGACACUGGCAGCUGUUGCGCUUCAUGUUUGCAGAAAGGAUGCAUGUGUGAGGGUUACCAAUACUAUGAUUGCCUCCACGCUGGCUUCAAGAACGGCAAGGUGGCAGAGGGAGAGUCUUACUUUGUUGACUACGGCAGUACAGAGUGCCUCUGCCCGACAGGAGGAGGAAGAAUCAGCUGUGACUUCAUCAGCUGUCCUGAUUUGCCGCCAAACUGCAUCGAUGUCUCGGAGCCUGUGGACGGUUGCAUGCAGUGCGAACGAGUUGGUUGUAUCUACGACGGGCAAAAGUACGACGCCGGGCACUCCUUAAACACUGACCCUUGCCAGGUGUGCCACUGUCCCCCAGAGGGAGGGAAGAUGAUGUGUUACCCAGUGCCAGAAUGUGACCAGAACAAGGUCCAUAACCCCAUGUUAGCCGAACCAACAGACGAGGACAAACACAAGAGUCACGCCGAAAGGUUUGACCAACAAGGGCGAACGGAUCAAUUCUCAACACCACAUCAACUUCCUCCCAACCUUCCCCUCUUCAAAACACUGCCUUCGGAGGGAAUAUUGCCCUUGAUGAAGGAGGAGUCAGAAGAUUAUGAUUACAAUCCUACAGACUUUCCAGAGCCUUACCCUCAAUCUCUAGCCUUGCCCACCCAGUCCUCUUCCUCCAACAAGCUCAUAUCUGUAUCUCGAGGCUCUGACAGAACCACCGCCCUUAAGAGCUUUGAUAGACAAACCAAGCUGGAGCUGAGAGAGCGACACAAAGUUCAUGAACAUCCUGCAGACAGAGAGGAAGUGACGGAAAGUCCAAUAGGAGAACAGCAGAGGACUAUUAAGCCACAAACAAAAAUGGACACCACUUUUUGGCAGCCUUCACAGAGUCUAACAAGUGCUCAAAGUGUUUCAGUCAGUGACAGCACAACGAAGAAAGAUCUGGAGAAUCCUCUGCAUGCGUUUGAGAGUUCAGAUAGUGUCACAUUUCCACUCAUUCGGGAAUUAGGGAGUGAAAAACACCCUCUUUUGAGUCCAGAGAGUGCAGUUCAUCAGCAGAUAAGCUCUGAGACUCAGACUUAUAACCAAAGUGCAUCAGAGGGUGUGACCACUAUCGGUUCAAAGAAUCAAAUCAAUGUUAGUCAUACAGUGAGAGGUACAGACAGUCAAACCAAUCAAGAAAAUGUUCCACUUUAUAUGCAGAGCAGCCCAGAAAGCCCAAAUGUUGAAAAAGACUUACAGGGGACCAUAGCAACGGACAUCGAGGAAGGAAUGGAUGAAGAGGAAGAAAAACUAGAAACAUCUUUUAGUGUCACUGGGCCUGAAGGAUUGGAUGUUACCUACAAUAUAAAUCCAACACCACAGGAGGUAAUCCAGGAGGAGACAGAGGGCAGAGAUCCAACCAGUAGAAAGGAAAAGAUCACAACAAAGCCCACCACCAACUCCCCCACGACGCCUGACUUCCUGACAACCCCUGUGACCCAAGAAAUGAGCAAUACCCAGGCAGCAAUAAGGGUCAAUCUGCAGCAGAGUGAGCCCAGCAGAAAGCCAUUUGAGAGGCUGGUUAACCUUCACAGUGAUGACCAGGAAGAGGAGGUGGAGGAAGAGGAGAGAAAUUACCGUCCUCUGCUCGUCCAAACUGAUGGAGGAGCAAAUCCGGGUGAAGUGUCUUGCCCAAGGACACAACGGCCUGACGGGUCCUCUGCACACUUAAAGCCCAUUUCAGAAGAGGCUACUGUAUGA